AUGACAAGAUCUCCAUCCCCCAAGCGCCUGUGCACCGGUGACAACAAGCGUGAUGAAAACGGAUUGGAAAGAGAGAAGGAGCUGGAAAGGGAAAAAAGAAAGGAGAUAGUUGAAAAUGUGCAAAAGAUUGAAGAAGAGCUCGAGCAGUUGAGCAUUGAAAAGGUUGAGGAGGUCCUGGCCGUUGAGACCAAGUACAUAGUCAAAACGCGUGAUGUGUAUGUCAAGCGCAAUGAGUUGCUGUCUGAGAUUCCCCACUUCUGGAAACAAGUAUUUCUGAGGCACCCGGUGGUGGGCAGAUACCUCAACAAAAAUGACGGGAAAAUGCUCAUGGAAUAUUUGCAGACGUUCGACAUCUUUGUUGAUAACAUCGGUAGCUUUAGAAUACAGCUGAUUUUCCAUGAGAACCCAUAUUUCUCUCCUACGAUACUGUGGAAGCAAUUCGAUUUAUUAGAGGAAGAGUGGAUUGUCUCGACAGAUGGUGACCAGGGCUUAGCAAAGAUCAUGAAAGAAGAGUUGUGGAAGAACCCUGUCAAGUACUUUGUGACGAAUAAUAAUGACAAUCGUGACAAGGACGAAUCAGACGUGGACGAAUCUGACGAGGAAGAGGACAAAGAUAUAGAGGACGAGGAAGAAGAGGACGACGAUGCAGAUGCGUUGGAAUCAGUGUGA